AUCGAUAAAAUUUCAAAAUUCAAACAUUUCCGCUUACAAAAUACUCCAAAUUAUAGUUUCAAAAUGAUGGCCAGUUUGCGGAUGCGGCAGCUGUUGACAAAUUGCGAUGGCGUUGGUAACAAUUUGGUACGCACCGCUUCCUCAUUCAACUGCGUGAUGAAGCCGGUGGAAGGUUUCAAGCCCAAGCCAUCGCUUAAGAUAACCGUGGUUGGUGCGGGCCAGGUCGGAACUGCAGUCUCGGCGUUUCUUUUGGCUCGCAACCUGACCAAGAAUCUGGUUAUCCAUGAUGUGAAAUACGAUUUGGCUACCGCGGAGGCGUUGGAUUUCUCUCAUGCGUCAGCCUUCCUGGGCAAUCCGAUUGUCCGAGGCUGUGGUGAUGGAAAUCGUACCAAGAACUCGGAUAUUAUCAUUAUCACAGCGGGUGCGAGGCCUUCGGGCAAGACUCGAUCUCGCCUGGACGUAAUGCAUAAAACGGUGGAUAUUCUCAAGUCUGUGGUGCCCAAGCUGGUCAAAUUGAGUCCCAAGGCUGUAUUCAUAGUCAUCUGCAAUCCUGCCGAUGUGAUGACCUUUGCCGUGCAACGCAUCGGAAAGCUGGAGAAACAUCGCUGCUUCACCACUGGCUGCCACCUGGACACUGCCCGCUUUCGUUAUCUAAUUGCCAAGCGCCUCAAGGUCCCCACAACGGAUGUCAAUGGUUAUGUGAUAGGAGAGCAUGGCAGUAGCGCCGUUCCCGUUUGGUCCAGUGUCACGGUGGGUGGGAUACGACUGAGAGAUGUCUUGAAGGAUUUGGGCACAAACAAGGACCCCGAGAAAUGGUCCGACCUCUUCGAUGGCAUCCUAAAUGCAGGCGUACACGUUAGCAAGGCCAAGGGCUACACAAACUGGGCCGUGGGGCUGACUACCUCAGAUGUUGUGGCCUGCAUGCUGCAGAAUACCGGCAGAGUGUGCUGCCUGGGGACAGAUGUGAAGGGUGUCCACUGUGUAAAGGACAGUGUCGUACUGUCUGUGCCAUGUCGUGUCACGGCCAGCGGAAUUAGCCACAUUCUGGAGCUGCCACUGACCAAAGAUGAGCACAAAAAGUUGUUGAAAUCGGCUGAUACAUUGCUUGAGGCCCAGUGCUCUUUAAAAUUGUGAUCUCGCUUCCCCCGGCACUCCAUGAAACACAAAUAGAACAGAGAGUAGAAAAAGAAAACAAAACAGAAAACAUUUCACAGUGUGGGAGGAAGAGAGGGACAGCAAAUCACUUGCCGUUGGCAGCCCUUUUCACUUUCCAGCGACGUCACAGCGAUACGAAUGCGAGAGCAAGCGAGACGACCAUAUGGUAUUACAACUGUAAAAGUGCAGCAACAAUCACUUGACCAUACCGCACGCCCGCGCCUACUCUUCCACGUUGCUGCUGCCCUGUGCCUAGACAACUGAAAUUUUUGUAAUUUCCAUCAAAAUUAUGAUUAAUUUCUUGUG